UCGGCCGGGGUCUGCUAGGAGCAGCUGCGCGGUGUGUCUGGUCGUCGUUGGAGGCUAUCGAGGGCUGGUGGGCAGAGGAGACUCUGCCAGGCAGAUGGCAUCUCGGUGGCAGGCCAUGGGGUCCUCGGUGCGCAGAAGAUCUCUCCAGGACCAGCAGCAGCUGGAGGAAGACAAGGGGCUGCAGCCAGCGACUAGCCAUCUGGAGACCUCCACCCGGGCCCUGGGCUCCCUGUGCAGGCAGUUCCAGAGGAGGCUGCCCCUGAGAGCCGUUAGCCUCAACCUUGGGGCAGGUCCCUCCUGGAAACGUCUGGAAGCUCCAGAGCCAGGGCAGCAGGGCCUCCAGGCUGCAGCUCUCUCAGCUAAGAACGCCUUGGGUGCCGUGUCCCAGAGAAUCCAGGAGUCCUGCCAAAGUGGCACCAAGUGGCUGGUGGAGACCCAGGUGAAAGCCAGGAGGAGGAAGAGAGGAGCUCAGAAAGGCAGCAGCUCCCCAGUCCACAGCCUGGGCCAGAAGAGCACUCGGCUGUCUAGGGCCACCUCGGCCCACUCAGCCCCAGAACCCUGGGAACGGGCAUGCUGUUGCCUCUCUGCCCAGAUGGGCCCGCGGGCCCACCUGCUACGUCGCUCGAGGGGGGAGGCCGCCUUCCGGAGCCCCUACUCCUCGACGGAGCCACUCUGCUCACCCAGGCAAGUGAGACAGCACCUCUCCCCAGAGCUGGCGGCCUUUCAGCACAUCCAGGAGCUGUCCCAAGAGCUGGAUGAAGCCACUGUGGCUGAAGAGAGUGGCGACAUGACCAUCUCUCUCAUUCGUGACUGAGGACAGCGCCCUGCAGGAGACAUGCCUAUCUGACCACCAUGCCCUCACACCACAAUGUCUGUGCCACCCACAAGCUUCCAGCAAGGGGCGCCCAGGAGCCGUCAGUAGCCCUGGGCUGCUGCUUAAGGAAGACCUGACCGACAAGGGGCCCAGAGCUCUCCUGCUCCGGCCACAGCUGGACCCAUCAGUAGCCACCUGCCACAGCCUGUGAGUGACUUGGGGAGACCUUGGAGAGGCAGUUACUCCUGCUCCCCCACUCUUGGGCUUAGAAACCCAUUCAUACUUCGCCUGUGGCUGCUUCAUCGCCAACGUGAAGUACAGGCGCAGAGAUGUGAGCUUGGAGUCAGGCAUGCGUGAGCAGGGGCUUUGGGGGGUUAUCCGUGAAUGUACUCACCUCGUAUUUCCAGUACUGAGACCCCGGGGACCCUGCUCCCUCCAGGGCCCCUGAGGAAGGGGCAGAAACUAUUUUCAGGCUCUAGGACCCUGAGCUCCCCGAUUCCAGUGCCCAGGGCACUGUGGGUGUGCAGGGAGGGGGAGCACCGUUGGGAGCAAUUUCUGCCCUUUGUAAAUUAUUUAAGAAAUCUGCUUUGUCAUUUUAUUAGAAAGAAACCAGAGAAUGACUUUCCUAGAUAA